AACGCUAUAUUUAAUGCUGUGUCAGGGUCUGAAUCCAGCGUUCUGGGGGACGAUGAGUGUUCGCUCUCAUUACUGGCUGAUACUGAUACCAUGAGCUAGUUUAUUGCCAGUCCUUGCACUCAGCACUAGUGUAAGCUCUCUAUAUAUAGCAACUGUCAGCCGAGGGCCGAACGCUCAGCUCAUAACACUAACUAACUAUUAGUAUACAAAGUCAGAGAGGGGUCUCCUUAACAGGACUGUGUCUCAAAAUACAGAGUACGGAUUAUCAAUGAAGCCCUCCCUGUUUCCCUGCAUUUUUCUUGGUGUCUACAUUUUAUUUACAAACCCGCAGACAGACGGCCAGAAAGUGCAGCUUGGCAUGUACGAGGAUUCCUUCGAUGAUCAAUAUUUUGGAUGCAUUGAGAAGAUAGAGAAAAUUGUACAGAAAUUGCUGGAGAAAGAAAGAAGCGAAAAUGCUGAUUUUAAUAGCACUUGGGAGAGUGCUGCCAAAUCCUGGCCAACCAAAAAAUCCUCGCUGAAAACGCUUCCCAAGGGAUUUCAGGAUGAACAUGGCAUUGCCUUACUGACGUACACCAAUAUGACUAGUCCUGUUUAUAAACAAUUAAAUCGGGGUAUUAGAGAAUAUGGUGCAGAUCCAGAAAGAUUCAAAUACCAUUCAUUACAUUUUUAUCUUACCAGGGCAUUGACAUUAUUGAGAGACAGUUGUAAAGGAGACCCCUUCUACACAUACCGAGGGGCUAGUAAAGUGCAGUUUGAGCCCCCCACUGGCUCAAAGCAAGAUGUAAGGCUCAGUCAGUUCUCAUCAUCGACUACUGACAUCAAGGAGGCACAGCAGUUUGGCAAUGCUUCCUUUUUCAGGAUUACCACAUGCUACGGAGCUGACAUACAAAGUUUUUCUUCUUUCCCAUCUCAGAAAGAGGUCUUGAUUCCAGUGGACGAGGUUUUCCAUAUAUCCAGCUAUAGCAAAGAGGGGAACAAAUUUAUCUUGACAAGCACAAACAGGAGAUGCAGUUUUUAUAACUGUGACUUCCUAGGAGGUAGGAAGAGAGAUUCCUGUACCUACAAUUUAGCCUCAAUGGAGCUUCCUUCCUACAUACCUGUGACGUCAACUUUCCUCUUCGGACUAAUUUAUUUUUUGUCAGAGUUUGCAUCUUGAUUGAAAACAACUAGCAUUAUUGGGAUCAACCCGAGAACGUGUCAUUAUGUAAUUAGAAAAAAAAUAAAAAUAAAUAAAAAAUAGAGUCUAAGUAAAUACAUUUUACAUGGAGCAGGUAGUAGUACUGUUGUGACCCUAUCAAAUAUGGAGAAAAAAUCCAGAGGGGAUUUCGCAAUCACAAAAGAUGGGUCAAAAACAAUAGCUUCAUUAUUUUAUAUGCACAAUGAAAUAAAAAGUGCUUACGUGGUGUG